GGAAGAAAAUUAAAUAACAACAACAAAAGAAAACAAAUUUAAUAAUAAAAUAAAAACAACAACAACAAAAAGUAAUACACGGUUGCCAAGCAUCAUCAUCAUGUUCUUAAUCAUGCACAUAAAAAAGCGGCAUUUAAGGGGUCCCACCAUACACAACAAAAACACACACAACCUCAGACAAACGGACGGACACAUUUGUUGUAUUUCUAUCACAACAAACUAUUUUUUAUUUAAGUUUUUUCUUUUCCAAUAAUUUCCUACAUUCCCCCCACUCCCUCUUAAUUUUAUAUUAAAAAAAACAAACAAUCUCUAAGAGCCAUAGAAUUUGUUUGCAACAUAAAAAAUUCUUUAACAUAAGAAUAACCAACUAAAAAAAUACACAUUGUAUAAAAAUAGAAAAAUCAAUUCCAUGAUGAUAAUAUGGGCAAGGAACUACUAACCAUUCAUGUGAAAAAUUUCAAAAAAAAAAAAGAGUGCCACACAAAAAAUGAGAACAGCGAAAAGGGAGAGUGAGUGUGUGUCUUUAAAAUGAGUGAAUAACGGAAAAGUUGUGUGAUUAAAAGAGAAAUUGCAAAAGAGCGAGAGAAGAAAUUAGUAAUGUUUGUAUGUGUUUAGUAAUAUUACUAAAAAGCUUUUAGAAAACUUAGUACUAAAAUAAGUAAAUAACGGUAUGUUUUCAUUUAGGUUGUUGUGAAAGUAAUUCAGCUUUUUUAUAGAUUGUUUUUCAGUGAGCAACUAGGGGUGAAGUAUUUUGGUACAAUUCUCUGUCAUAUUGUAAUUAGUACCAGAAAAGUUUACUUCAGUAAUCCAUCGAAUUAUUGAAACAUUAUCACGUUCAAUAUUGUUAUCUGUGACUUUCAUCAGGUAAUUUUGUUAUUAAAGUUCUCGUUACGACUUAACUUCAAACUAUUUUCUUUGGGUUACAUUAAAUCACUGGUCUCUCGGUUUUUUUGAUGGGACCAGCAUCCAGGUCAUGUUCCCAACUUAUGAUGUGCAUUGUGUUGCAAUUAGAAAAAAAGUUUGUUGGACUGACGAUGAAAGGAGUAGUAUUCGUAGACAUUUGAUUUAAGUCUUCUCAUAUCGAAAGUGUUCUACAGGAAGUUUGCUCCACGUACGGUGUGACUGAAGAAUACAUUCGCACUCCACUGUAGUACUUGACAACUUUAAAAUAGAUCUCGAAGCUUCGGCCUAUAUACAUACAUAUGUAUGUACACAUGAGAAUUGUAGUUGAUCGGAUGGAUGCUUCAACAUUAUCUGCCAUGCGUUUACAUAUGUAUUGAGUCUUGGGAGAGUUAAAAUCGUAUCUAUUAAUACGACUCCAUUCAGAGAUUUUAAUCAAGUUGUGUUUAAGCGAUCCGUAUUGGACUAAUCUCCAAAGGGCUUGGCAUAUAAUUAAAUGAAUAGAAAUGGCUGCUUUGCGUUACCCCUCGUUAUAAUUUCUAUAGAGAAAUAACUAAUAAUAUCGAAAGAAAUUUUUACCGACACCAAUUGUAAUUAGUGUUAAUAUGUCAUACUCUAUCAAUCCCUUUGGAAAUAUCUAGAACCAACACUUUCCUUUUACCAAAAUGUUGCAUGAAAAGACACGAUAGGUCUCCCAUAGAGUGAUCUUUAUGAAAGCCAUACACAGAGGGAAAAAUAUACACGCCUGGUACCAAAUUGACAUCAAAUUUUUCAAUAACAUCUGUUUGGCAAAAUUUAUGAGCAUCGGCCCUUAAUCGAAUCAAUCAUUAAUCUAAAGGAUCGAUCCAUAAUGAUAAGAUUCGACAUUGCAUAACAUACAUAACACUCUUAUAUGAUAAUUUUUUUUUUUUUUUCAAAAUAUUUUCCAAAAAGUACCGUUUCCCAAAAGUCUUGGUACAUUUUCCUAUUACUUCUCUGCAUCACUGAUAAGAACGAAAAUCAAAGAGAGAUAUACAAUAAAAGCUAAAAAGAAAUAGAGAGAGAUAAACUUAAUGUAAAAUACAUAAAUUUUGUAUGAUUUUCUUAGGGGAGCUUCCUGUUAUUUUUGUUUAGGUGUUUUUUUCCUACUUGUAGUUUCGUUUAGUUUUCCCCAAGAUGCUUGCGGAAAAUGUGGAAAAACAACGACAGUUUUCCCAAUAAUAAUUGCGUGUUUAUGUGCGUGUUGUGUUGUGUCAUAUCACAAAAAUCAUAAAAAAUGGGGUGUUCCUUUUUCAAACAACAAUAACAACACUCAAAAAUAAAAUAAUCCAAAAAAGAAAAACAACAGCAACAAAAACCAAAAAAAAAAAAAAUAGUAUAAGCUAAAUGGAACAACACACUACACCAAAUUUGUUCAAAAUAAAGUGCUAAAAUACGACAACAACAAAAGAAAAUAUAUAAUAAAUAAAAUGAAAAAUAAAAAUAAAAUAAAAACCCUUAAUCAAACAUUAACAAGUUAACGAUUAACAAAAGCAAAAAACCCCCAAAUGAAAUUAUAUUUGUUUAUAUCACAUCAAGGACUACUUUUUGAAAACAAAGAGGCGUUAACCCUACGAAAAUAUUAUUAAGGCCUACAGACAAAAUGCCGACAAAUGUGACCUCAUAAAUUAAUGGCCAAAUAAUGUUUUUUGCGGUCCCAGUUUCAAAAUUCUAAAACAAAUAAAAUUUAUUAACAAACAAUAAGAAAACAUAAUAAUUGUGAUUUUAAAAUCAUCAAUUAUUAUAAAUCAACUAAAAUAUUAUGGGCUGUGGACAAAGUAAAAUCCAUCUUUAUCCUAGAAAAUCGAAAAGUAAAGCGAAUGGCAAGAAAGGAGGGCAUGGCGAUUCAGAAGCCGAAACAGACGAGGAAGAAGGUCAUAUUGAAGAUGCCGAAAAUCGAGAUCGUGACAGAACUGAAGAGUCUGAAGAGAAUAGCAAUAAAGAAUCGGGGGAAUCGGAUGAGGAGGUAUCGGUGUCCUUAUUGAGAGCGAGAAAUCUCUCGUUACUACAAAGCCAGGAAAUUUCCAGUAGUCAGCAAAACUUUUUCCGAAUGCUAGACAAAAAAAUUGAAGAGGGUCCUGACUACGAUUCCAACAGUGAAACGGAAAUUGCUCUGGAAGAAGCUCGUUUAAAUGCUUUGGUGCAACAUUGGGAAUCGGCCAGUUUGACGGCAUCAAUGUGUUCCUCGGCCAGCCGAUCGCUGCAAACAACACCGGUGCGGCAGACACCAGCCAAACAAUUGACCACGGCCACGCGGGCUUUGCUGCCAACCGGUUUACCACCACAAGUUCUAAACUCAGAGUUUCUACCUCAUCCUGGUACACCACCCACAAGCAGCCAACUGACGGCCGGUGGUACACUCAAACUAACGCCUAGUAAACAAAUAACCAUUCCUCAAAUGAAUUCUGGCAUGUUGCAUCAAAUAUCGGUUAUGCCGCAAAUACCCUUAAGUUUAAACACCGAGACAUCGUCGCCCAACAUGGCCACCGUUACCGCUAAUACGUCCAAUGCCCUGGCAAUAAUGCAGGCACCCAAUGCACAAACUACGCCACAAUAUAUGCUGGCCAUUCCGACAGGGUCCUCGCCACUCUUAGGAAAAACUGGACAGGUUAGUCCUAAGCGUUUGGUUGACGGACGUUUAUUGAUCAAUACGACGAGUCCAUUGUGUAGCACACAACAAAUGCAACCACCCCCGCCGACCAAUCCUAUACAACAGCAGUAUAUAACCGCUACCCCGCCAAAUUUACAACAACAGCAACAACAAACAGCCCCAUUAAAUUAUGUCAAUGGUGGACGAGCGCCGCCACCAACCCAAUCGGCGGUGGGCAUGCAAUUGGCAUACUACGGACAGGCUGCAACAAUGCAACAGACUAUGCAACAGUAUAGUGAUACGAUAACACAACAACAGUUGCAACAACAACAACAGCAGCAGCAACAACAACAGAUGCAGCAGCAACAAUAUGAACAAACUCCACAUAGCCAAAGUCAAACACCCUCGUCAUCAACAUCGGUAGGAUCAGCUGCCUAUUAUGGUGAUGUCAUGCAUAACGCUCAGGCAAGUAUGGCGCCUAAUACUGAAUACCGGUUCCCACCAGCCAUUAGUGUGCAACGUUUGGCACCACAAGUGCAGCGUCAACUGCGCGAAACUCAAGAACUCAUUAAAGACUCAUGUCCACAACUAUAUGCUGCUGGUUAUGGUAGUCCUGGGCCACCGCCGCUACGCAAUCAAGCGGCUGUCACAGCGCGUAAUCAUCCAACCAACAGAAGACCUACCCUGGAGACACAAUUCUCCCAGGAACUCUCGUGAUAUCUACACAAUUAACACAAACAGUAAAACAAAACAAACACAUACAUACUUACAUACAUAAAUACAUUAGUAAACUAAAGCUAAUUAAGCCAAAAAUUUAGCACGUUAACAAAUUAAGUUAAAAAAACAAAACCAUAAGCGAAAGGACAAAAAAUAAAAUUAAAUAACAAAAAGUAAAUUUAACGUAAAAUGCAUUAGAAUCACAGAGUGGCAGAGUUGAUUAAGCAGGCACCACCACUAAGGCGGUGAAUAUACAUUAACGUAGACAAUUUAGGCAUAACUGGACUUGGUGAAGAGUCAAAGCAAGACAUGAGUUUGCAAGAAGUCAAAUUGUGUACUUUAACAUUCUUAAUAUUACAGAAAAGUGAAAACAAAAUAAAAAAUUUCGUUAAAUACUAAUUCAGAAUAAUUAAAUAAAAUUAAGAAAAAAAUUAAGCCAAAUAAUUAAAAGUGAAAAAUCAUCUAGAAGAAAUCACACAUAAAUUACAUAAUACCAAAAAAAAAACAAAAAGAAGGACUCAGUUUUUGAUUAAUUUACAAAUUUACCAAAUAUUUUGGAUUUAACGUAAUAUCUUGCUCGCUCUCUCCCUCUUUAUAAAAUGUACACUCAUUCAAAUUUACCCAUAAUAACUCGUAUUAAAUUACAUUACAUCUGCCGUAGUAACAUGAUCAUUUCAAUUUAUCUAAGUUUCUUGCGCUAAGAACCAAAUACCGGAAAAAUAAAAGAACUGUAAUAAACGAUCGCCUCCUCUAUUAUUUCCUUUCUGUUAUAUAAUCGAUCACACAACCAUGCCUACAUCUUACUAUAUAAACAUUUAUACUCGUAUUCGAACAUGUACCGUCGUUAUAUUUAUUAUUAUUAUUAUUUACAAAAUCCUGAUGCACCAUAUAGGAAUUACUACGUAUACAAACAAAAACAAAAAACCGGAAAUAAAAACAAAAACAUUAUUUAUUAAAAUACUAAAUAAAUACAAAACACUCGUAUUUGCAUCGUUCUAAAUUUAAAUAAAAAACAAAUAUUAAGAAAUUAAUAAAUUAUAUAUAAAUUAAUAAAAAAAGAAGAAAAAAAAAACAAUGUACCAAAUAAAUAAACCCAAUGAGAAUUAUAAUUGUUUUACUUUUGUGCGUUUGAUGUACUGUACUGCAACAUAAACAACAACAACAAAAAACCAAAAAAGAAAAACUUUAUAAUCGUACUUGUAUUGUAUUUUAAG